AUGUCGCCACAGACGCAAUAUGCUUCUCCCCCUGUUCAGCACAUGCCUCCUCAGGGUCAGCACAUGCCUCCUCAAGGUCAACAAAUGCCUCCCCAGGGUCAACAAAUGGCCCCUCCAGGGCAAAUGCCUCGUAUGCCAUCGCAGCAGAUGCCUCAACAGAUGCCAAUGCAGCAGCAAAUGAUGCCUCAACAACAGAUGAUGCCACCCGGUCAGCCUUAUUACUAUCCUCCUCCCCCUCCUCAGGGUUACUAUCCUCCUCCUCAAGGUUACUACGGACAUCCUCCACCACAGCAGCAGCUUAAACCCAAGCCAAAGCCUACAACAAGUGAGCUUACCAUGAUGGGAAUGCCUACUGUUGGUGCCAAAGGUAAAAACAAACCUCAAAAAGCGAACUUGAGGGCUGCAUUGAACAACGGAGAGUUUGGUAUUUAG